AUGAUAGAUUCAUCAUCCCAAACCUGCCCUGGCGGAGACACAACACCCGACUGCAUCAUGUCCAUGUACAACAUCAACUAUCAGAUCCCCGACUCCGACUCCCCCGUGACUUUGGGCAUCGCCGGCUUCCUGGAAGAAUACCCUAACGAGCCCCUUCUACACUCCUUCCUGGAAACCUUCAGCCCCUACCGCAACACCACCGGCUACAACCCUCUCUACAACUUCACCGUCGCCUCGAUCCAGAACGGCAACGACACCAAGCUCGGCUAUGGCGGGGAAGCCCAACUCGACAUCCAAUACAGCAUGCCCUUCGUACAGCCCAUGAACGUAACCUACUUCUCCACGGGCGGCAGAGGCCCGUAUCUCGACGAGAACGGUACCGAAGUGCCCCUCGACACCAGCCCCAACGAGCCAUGGAUCGAGUUCCUGGAAGCACUGCUCGAACGUGAAGAGCUACCUAUUGUGCUCUCGAUCUCCUACACCGACGACGAAGCAUGGAUCCCACGCGCAUAUGCCAAGCGCGCAUGCAACCUCUUCAUGCAGCUCGGAGCGAGGGGUACAUCCGUCCUCGUAGCCAGCGGCGACGGCGGCUCCGCCGGCACGGGAUCUUCAGAGUGUAAGAACAACAGGUUCCGCCCUACAUUCCCCGUCGACUGUCCGUACGUCACGAGUGUCGGCGCAACGGCUGCCUACUCCCCGCUUAGCGCAGAGUGGUUCAGUGCAGGCGGGUUCAGCGAUUACUUUGACCGCCCUGCGUGGCAGGAUGCGGACGCGAAGAAGUACAUCGCGCAACUGAACGGGUCGCAUAACGGAUGGUAUGCGCCUGGUGGACGUGGUAUACCCGAUCUCUCAGCUAUCGGAACGCGGUUCGUGAUGGAUGAGAGUGGUAUCAAGCAGAAAGGGACGAGUGCUAGUACGCCUGUGAUUGCGGCCAUGAUUGCGCUUGCAAAUGACAAGAGGAUGCGGGCUGGGAAGCCGGCGCUGGGCUUCUUGAACCCCUUGCUUUACUCGGAUGAGCUGCGGCAUGUGUUUGUGGAUGUGACCGAGGGUCAGUCGGGUAGUUGUAUUGUUAACCGCACUGCGGAGCCUGGGUGGGAGACGGCUGUGGGAUGGGAUGCGGCGACUGGGCUGGGCACACUGGAUUUUGCUAAGUUCGUUGAGGCUGUUGCCUAG